UGAUAAGCAGAUUAAUUCUUUUAAUUCAUGUCGAAACCGUUUAAUUCGCGCUCCGCAUUGGCAUAAGUCGGGCACACUUAAAAAAUUGUAAUCAGCUGCUAGCUUAACCUUACCUUUUUUUUAUACCAACGAUAGAGAUGAAUACCAUUCCCAUGGUUCCAUUCACGGAAUAGUUGCGUUGAACUAAUUCGCUCUGGAAAAACAACGGCAGCUCCAAAAAAAUCGGAAUCCGUGUAUUUUUCUUGAAAUUUGUUGAAAUCUCUUUAAAAAAUGUCCGGUCAAUACCCCGGUGGAUAUAAUAAUCCUCUAGGGGGUCAUCGGGGCCAAUUUAAUCCCCAACAACAACAGCAGCAACAGAUGAUGAAUCAAAUGCAAGUGUAUGGGCAGGCUGGAGCCGGCAUGAUGCCCCAACAAGGCAACCCAAUACAAGGAAUGGUCGGCGGUGGUGGAGGAAUGAACCCAGUUGGAAUGCAAUCACCCUCUCAUGUACAGCAACAGUUGAUGCAACAACAGCAACAAAUGCAGCUGCAGCAGCAAAUGGGUGGAGUAGGUGGACCACAAAUGGGCAUAGGUGGAAUGGGGCAUGUCGGCUUGGGUAGUGGUGGAGUUCCUCAAGCAUCGCUAGGUGGUGGCAUGAUGCAACAACAACAACCUCAAUUAUCUCCAGCAAUGCAACAGCCGAACGUUGGCAUGCAACAGCAACAACAAGGUUCGCACAUGCAAAAUGUACCAAAUGUUGCAGCAAUGGCCAUGAUGGCUCAGCAGCAACAACAACAGCAGCAGCACCCGCAGGUUCCACAACAGCAGCAGCAACAACAACAGCAGUUACCACAAAUGAUGCAAAACACCGGACAACAGCAGCAACAACAACAACAGCAGCAGCAACAGCCUCAAGCAUCCAAUAACGUGCUUUCCAUACCACAACAACCCCACAAGGAAAUAAACAUAGUAACUUUAUCCCGUGUGGGACAAGAAACCGUACAGGAUAUUACUUCGCGAUUCCAGGAAAUAUUUACCGCUCUUAAAGUCAUACAACCAACACCCAGUCGUGACAGUGGCACGGUGAAAAAAGUCCAAGAACAUUUUCGUACAAUACGUUUGCUGUUUAAACGUAUGCGUUUAAUCUACGAACGUUGUAGUGAUGGUUAUCCGCAAGGUAUGGAGUAUACACAUGUGGAAAGUUUAAUACCAUAUAAAGAUGAGACUGAACAUCGCAAUCUGGAGGCCACACAGUGUGAGGAAUAUCGGAAAGCUUUACAAGAAAACCAAGAGCUCAUCGAUACAGUGAAAUUGAAAAAUCGUCAACUUAGAGAAAUAAUUGAUCGUACACGUAUUAUUGUAUGGGAAAUAAAUACCAUGCUUUCAAUGAGAAGGUCGUAAAUAAAAGAAAUCUUAUAAAUUACCCUAGGUCUAAUGUGAAAGAAUUGUUUAAAUCCCUAUAAUUUAAAUAAACUAUUAUAAAUCGGAAUAAAAA